CCCUGCAGAAACCAACACAGCUCAGCAGACUAACAGCAUGGAGCUCGGUUUAUGAGAGCUCGUUGUGACGGACGCUGUUGUGAGGUGGGAUGUUUUGGAUAUGAUGGUGCCCACCCAGCCGUGACAAUGUAUGAGGUGAUGUCCGGGGACACCCUGGCUUGGAAGGUGCCCAAUCCAAGACCCAGCAGCACAGACUCCACCCCCGACUCGCACGUCAGCGGGGAAGGAGGGCCCAUCAAGAUCCUCAAAGUGUGCUUCUGCACCAACAACACUUUGGGCAAGAACUUCAAGCUGGUGAAAUGUGACAGCUCCUGGCAAAUAAGGGCCAUCAUUCGAUCGAUUCUGAUCAGCGGUCGAUUGGGGCCGAACAUCGAACACACGGGAUGCUACGGUCUCCUGCUGAAGCACCUGAAGUCCGAGGAAAUUCACUGGCUGCAUCCAGACCUGACUGUCGGGGAGGUGGAGCAAAAAUAUGAGAGCAAUCACGUGGAAGCUGAGUGGAGGUAUGACCUCCGUAUCAGAUACGUUCCUGUCAACUUCUUGGAAAAAUUCAAAGAUGACAGAUCAACGUUAAUGUAUUUUUACCAACAGUUCUAA